CGCCUUUGAAAAUCUACAGGUCCUUUCAUCGAAAACACUUCAACCAUGGAUGCAGCAGACCUGGAAAGCCGCUACAGAGGCUACAUCGCCUGCCUGAACUCACGCCGCUGGGACGACCUGCACAACUUUGUCAACGACUCAGUAACCUACAAUAAUGCACCAAAGACGCGCGCCGAGUACGCCGACAUGAUUUCUGCUGACGUCGCUGCGGCGGACGAGCUGGUUUUUGACGUGAAGCUGCUGGUGGUGAGCGGAAACACCGUUGCUUGUCGAUUGGAGUUUGAAUGUACGCCGAUAAAAAUGUUUCUUGGCCUCAAACCAACGGGGAAGAGGGUUGUGUUUGCGGAGAAUGUGUUUUAUCGGUUUGCGGAAGGGAAGAUUGCGGAGGUCUGGUCGCUUAUUGAUCGCGAGGCUGUGAGGGAGCAGCUGAGUGGAUGAGUUUGAGAUGUUGCAAUUGUUCGCUGAAAAUGCUUUCUCUUACAUUAAUUACCACUAGAGACCACCUUCUUUUUCACUUUCGACCUCAGCAGAGAUUCAAGUGGAGUAAAACUCUGGUAUAAUAACAAACAGGCAUAUGAAAUCUUUAAGCGCCCC